AUGAGAACGACUACUCGAGCCCUGAUGUUUGGACUUUACGAACAGUUUCAGGUAUUUUAUGCUUUUUUUAUAGUUUUGAGACAGCACGGAUUGUUACAGAAGACCUUACACUGUCCUCACACUGGAACUUUCACUUUUUGUCAUGCUCAAGCUGCAAUGUGUGGUGCGUAGAAGGAACAUUUUCUCGAAAAAAAAAUUUUAUCGAAAAAAAUCAUAAUCCGUUAGUUUCCAUUGAAAAAAAUUGAACCAUGUUAACAAAAAUUAGUUUUUCGUGUACAUGUGUUUUUUUCCAGACGAGAUGAGUAUACACUCAAACGGAGUUUUUUUCUGCACCAGCCCUGUGGUUUUCUGAUAUCUUAGUUCAAUAAUUAUUUAAACUUUUUAGACAAUAAGGAAAAAAAUAUAAAUGAAAUCUUUUAUUUUAUGUAUUCUCAAAUUUUUAACUAAUUGGUACGUCCGCUUUUGACAUUGAAAGAUAGUAUUCUACCGAUCCGAAUCAAUAACUAUUAAUCAUCUUCAAUAAUAUUUAUAAAUGUUUCAGCCGGGUUUGUCGAAGCGUCGAUGUGUCCGCUUGAACGUGUCCAAGUACUUCUCCAAACUACAGCCCACCACGAAAAGUUCCGAAACAGUGCCGAAGUCGUCAAGCAGCUGAGAGUAAACUUUUCGAUUUUCAAUUUAAUCUUAUGAAUAUCUUUGAAGUCACAUGGUGUUCACGAGUUUUACCGUGGUCUUUCUGUGAUUCUUGUCCGGAACGGCCUUUCAAACUUGCUGUUUUUCGGAUUCAGAGAGCCGUUGAAUCGGAAGGUUUCUCAUUUUGAAUGAUUUUAUGACUCAAUGAUUUUGUUCAGCUUGUGGAGGUGACUCAUCGAAACGAUAUUUCCAAUCGUUUCACUGGAAUCGUUUGCGAUUUUGUUUGUGGAUCUCUUCUGGGCGCCUCAAUUUCAACUUUGUUUUACCCUGCUGCUGUGGUCAAAAAUCAUAUGCAGUCCAAGGUGAUUUCUUUUUGAUCAAUGAUUAUUGGGAAAAAAAGAAAUUGAAAAAAAUAAUAACAAAAAAAUAAAAGAGAGAAAGUUUUCAACUGUUAAGACUCAUUUACAAAUGGAAUGCAAUUUCAAAAAAACAGGGAGAAUCGUAAAAUCCAGGAAAAAUUGUGAAUUAUUUUUUUAAAUUGUAAAAAUAAGCGCUCAUUUGACUAUUACCAUUUCAAAAAAGCUAUGAUUUCAUGAUGAGAAAAAGAAUGGUAUAUUUAACACCAACUUCGAAACUGCUUAUCAGUAUACUACCGAAUAUCUCUCCAUCGGCUACUGGAAUUAGGUAAGUUUUCUGUUUCUGAGGUGAAAAUGAAAAAAAGGGUUGAGGCUGAAUGAAGUUGUGGAGAAUGCACUUUAGUUUCUUUUUUUCAAAUUUUCAUAAAGUUGACAAAAACCACGCGACAUGCCAAGUUACAUUAACGGUGCGCAUUUCAGAUCGGCGGACCGUUCGAGAAUCCAUUCCGAGUGCUGAAAUACCUGCUGGUGGGACGCGAUCGGUCGGCUCUUGCCAUUUACUCGGGAGUUUACCUCAACUUCACAAGGUCGAUGGUCGCCUGGGGUAUCACCAACACUAUUUACGAAAUGUUGCACCGCUUCGCUUCUCGCUAUGCUUGA